AUGAACAGCGUUGGCGAGGCGUGUACCGAGCUGAAGCGCGAGUACGACCAGUGCUUCAACCGCUGGUUCGCCGAGAAGUUCCUCAAGGGCGAGAGCGCCGGGGACCCCUGCGGGCAGCUCUUCAAGCGCUACCAGCUCUGCGUGCAGAAAGCGAUCAAGGAAAAGGACAUACCCAUUGAAGGCCUGGAGUUCAUGGGCCCAAACAAAGGAAAAACUGAAAACUCCUCUUGACCCCAACUGUAUGGAUGGGAGUCACUAAUAUGAGCCUUUGGGCUAAGCAACAUCACCAGGCGUAAGCCUAGAUGCCACCUAGGCUUUUGUUAAGCUGCUUUCUAGGAAGCAAGGAACCGUAUCUGCUUGUGAAAACAAACAGCCACCAAAAAAAAAAAAGAAAAAAAGACUGGAUCAUAUGGUAACUACUGCCUCCUUUUGAGUGAAUUUUGGUGGUGGUUCAGCAUCUAACAGCGUGAAAAGCUGUUUGAACUAACUUCCUAUUGAAUGUACUCUAUAAUGGGAAAAUGCUUAUUAGAGUGGGCUGAGGUAGUAGUUGCUUUAUUACCACUUUCCCUUGCUUAUUUAUAUAACACUUGAAAGUGUUCAAAAAGACUAUGAAAGAGGUUGAUUUACUUUGUAUUGUCUCUAUGCUGCUGAAUUUUGGUGGAAGAAGUUUGUUUUAUAUGAUCUUGAAUGCUGAGGGGCUAAAGUAUUGUUUUGUAUCAGCAACAGAGAUGGUAAAAAAGCACUCUAUUGGACCUGCAAUAACUUCGCUAAAAUAAAUAUAACCAAGUUA